AUUCAGUCUGUAUAAUUCCCUGUUUCUUAAAGACAAUUUUUUCCCCUUUUAUUUUAGCCGUCUGUAUACAUUUUCCUUUCCCUCCGCAUAUUCCCAAUUUUCCCUCCCCAAAUUCUGAGUUUCCCUCCCCGGUAAGCCUAAGUAUUUCUGUCCCUCUCCCAAAUCUCCAAAAUUUGGAAUUUAUUUUGCUAAAACUCAAAAACCCAUUCAAACCUAACUACAAAAUUCAAAAGCCCGACUCUAAUCCUCCCCAAAUUCUGAGUUUCCCUCCUCGAUAGGCCUAAGUAUUUCCAUCCCUCUCCCAAAUCUCCAAAAUUUGGAAUCGAUUUUGCUAAAACUCAAAAACCCAUUCGAACCUAAUGCAAAAUUCAGAAGCUCGACUCUAAUCCAUGAACGACAGGAGGUCAGUGGGUUACCGGCGGAGAAUAGGCGGUGGCAUGCUGCUUGGCUGAGUGAAAAGGAGGCUUCUGUUGAGGAUCCGGUGGCAGAGAGGCAGUGGCACUACUGAGGGAAGAAGAAGGAUGCUUUUCUUUUAUUUGGUUCACAUUUGUAAUUCUUAUGAUUGGGUUAGUCUCUGAUUGUGUUAAAAAUAGUCAGAUAUGGAAAACUGAUUUCUUUUCCAAUUCUAUUAUUAUUUUUAUUGUGAUGGUUAACUAGUUGCUUGAGAUUAGGGUUUGAAUUGGCCUUGAGUUUCUGUUUGGUAUAAGUUUCUUUGGGUGAAAGUUUCGUUUUUUACAUGUGGAAAAAGGAGCUUAUUUGGUUUAGAUUUUAUAAUCAUCUAUGUAGGAUGAAUAAGACUCAGUUUUAGUUAUGGUGGAUCAGCCUCUGGUGUGGCUACAUGUCCAGUGAUUUGUGUUGGUUAUUGGUUGUACUAUUUGGUUAUAGAGGUUUGGGUUGAACUUAAAGAUCUGUGCUAUUUGUUUUGUGGGGCCAAAGAGGACUCUUCACUGUUAUGAUAUUCUACCAUUAAUAUUAUCAGUCUUUUUUAAUCUCGUUUUAUUUUUGUGGUUUCUAAUUUUAGUCCAAGUUCCUUAUUGAGGAAAGCCGCAAGGAGCAAAUUAAGAGUUGGAUUAUGACCGAUGUAAAUGAAAAAUGGAAAAGUUAUAAAAAUGAGCUAAAAAGUGCAGGAUUUGAUUUGUUGCUAACAGUAGAUGAAAUGUAUGAAAAAAUUAAUGAUCCUCGAGUUGAUAAGGAGCAAUUUCAUGUGCUUGUUGAAUAUUGGCGUAGUGAGAAGGGAGAGGUAUGACAAUUUUGCUAUGCUGUUGGCAUUUUUCCUAAUUUUCUGUUAUCACAAAUAAUUGCUACUUUUUGUUUUCUUCCAGAAAAUUAGCAAACAGAAUAAAGAAAACAGGCAAAAACUUGAAGAGCCCCAUUGCUUAGGCACUAGGACUUUUGCACGAUUUGUCAAUGAGAAGGAAAGCUUUGCUUAAGGAAGAAAGCCAUCAAGGGCUGAACUUUACAUUCAAAGUCGAAUGAAAAAGGAUGGGGGACUUGUAAGUGAAAAGGCAAGCCAAGUGAUGGUUAGUAAACACAUAAAUUCUAUGUUUUUAA